CAUUGGCCACCAGGCUGCCAUGAAUUAUGAUGUUUAUGAUUAUAAUGAUGCUCAUGGUGAUGAUGAUUUUUGUUAUGUUGUGUUAAUUAUGUUUGAGGGUUGUGGAGGAAUAAGGUAAUCCCCAACCUAAAAGUUGGACAGCCUUGCACACCAGGCCUUGGAAAGGGCUGAUUCCUGAACAUCGUGGAUUCGAAUUUGGGCUGCCUCUAACCCUGGCCUAGGGACUAUGAUGCUGAAAGUGUGAGACAAGAAGGGGUUGAGAAUUUCUACAGGACCAAUCACAUUAACCAAUCUUAUGACUUUGUAAGCAACUUGCCAAAAACUUCAUUUGACAUUCCCAUUCUCCCCAUUGAUGUAUAUCGAAAUAGAGCUAUGUUUUAUCGAAUCGAGUUCGAUCCGUUGCAGGUGAAGAGGAUGAGGGAGGAGUAUGGAAAAUUGAAUAAGGUGGAAAUGGGCAUAUGGGAAUGCUGUGAACUUCUCAAUGAUGUUGUUGACGAGAGUGAUCCCGACUUGGAUGAACCUCAAAUUGAACACUUGUUGCAAACAGCUGAAGCUAUUAGGAGAGACUAUCCCGAUGAAGAUUGGUUGCACUUGACUGGCCUUAUCCAUGAUCUUGGGAAGGUUCUUCUUCAUCCUAGCUUUGGAGAGCUUCCUCAAUGGGCUGUUGUAGGCGACACAUUUCCGGUGGGAUGUGCUUUUGAUGAAUCCAUCGUACAUCACAAGUACUUUAAGGAAAAUCCGGAUUACAAUAACCCUGCUUACAGCACUAAAUAUGGAGUUUAUUCUGAAGGUUGUGGAUUCAACAAUGUUAUGAUGUCGUGGGGGCAUGAUGACUACAUGUAUCUGGUGGCCAAGGAGAAUAACACAACCCUGCCAUCAGCUGCUCUUUUCAUCAUCAGAUACCACUCUUUUUAUGCUUUACAUAGGUCAGGAGCAUAUAAGCAUUUGAUGAACGAGGAAGACACAGAGAACCUCAAAUGGCUCCAAAUAUUCAACAAAUUUGACCUUUACAGCAAGAGCAAAGUUCGAAUUGACGUUGAGAAGGUCAAGCCAUACUAUCUCUCUUUAAUCGAAAAG